AUUAAAGUUUACUGACAAAUUUGCUCUUAGGCUCUCAAACAAGGUCGACAUAGAUGAUGUUAGAGAGGCCGAACGAUUGCUUAAGGAGGCAAUACAACUUGCCGCAUUCAACCCUGAAACAGGUGAAAUUGACAUGGACUUGCUUACGACAGGAUUCAACACAAUAACAUGGGCAAAAGCAUACGAGAACUUCAAGGAGCAAUCAUACGAGAAUCUCCAUGAAAGGGAAUUUGAUCGGGCGAUUCGAUUCUUGGAACGCGAAGG